AUGUGCUUUGAAUGUCAGAAUGAGCCCUCGAGCACACGGUGGUUGCCCUCGCAUUGUGAGCUCCUCCUGGCAACGGACGAGCAUUUCGACUUGAAGACCAUCUGUACGAAUUUUAUAUCACGCAUGUCAAGUACUCGGCUGUGUUUGCUGGUUUUUGUGCUGUGGAAAAGAGCUUCUGCUAUUUGUUAUGAGGAUCAGUUUACCUGCCUUAUCGGGCCUAAAUGUAUUCCGAUCCUAUGGUUAUGCGAUGGAGCUCGUGAUUGUCCGGAUGGCAGCGACGAGGGUCACGAUCAAUGUCAUCCUCAUUUAACCAACAUCACUUGUCCUGGUAAUCAGCCGGACUGCAUACAUGGAGGUGUGCCACGAUGCAUCCCCGAAAAUUGGCUUUGCGAUGGACAUCAGGACUGCGACCAUGGUGAGGAUGAGAUAAAUUGUGGAAAGAUGGAGAAAAACGGUGGAUGCGGUAUAACACAACAUAGAGAUAUGCUACAGUUCGAUCGAAGCGACCUCGCCUAUGGUUUGGCAGUCGGUUCCGCCAAUUCAAGAAAGCAACACGUGUUUACAAAUUAUUCAACAGUCAAAUCACAAAAGAGAAAAAUCCAGUUGGCUCUACGUCAUUCCGUCUCGAAAAUUCUACAAAUUGUGCCUACCUCAAAUGAGAGAUGUGGAGACAAGUGCAUACCUCGACAUCAAAACUGCAAAGAACCACCGGAUUGCAACGGUGAGAAAGGCAAAGACGGCAAAAAAUGCAGUGGGUCCAGCACCAGAAAAAACGAAGUCAGUACUCGUCCAACAGUUCCAGUCCAAGUUAACAAGAACUCCACUAGUAAUCACCCAACGGACGAAAAUGUUAGGAUCACAUUUAAUCCGGAAAAAUCAUCAUCGCCAAGUUGGGCGGAACUACUCACAACCGUUUCCAGGACAACACGAGGAGCAUCCACUUUUACUCCCCCAAUACCGUCAUCAUCCACAAGUCACAGUUUGACCACCACUGCGACUAGUGAAAUUUCCCCAUCAAAGCCAGAAAGCAACAAAAAGCCUGAAGGCACCAGUACAGUCCCGAGUUUCACAGAGAAUUCUGGGGAAUCAAAGAAAUUUUUCACAUUAACUCCACCAUUUUCUCCCAAGAAACCCUUCGAUCCAUCUGUAAUCAGGCCGAAAUUGGAUGUAUCUUCGCUUCAAAAACUGAAGUCAGAACUUCCGGAUAUGAAUCCUGGUAACCUCAAUCUGUCCAGCCUCGCUAAAAUACUCCGUUCAGAUACACAAGAGCAUGCAGUCGUCGUUCAGAAAGAUACGACUGGACAUGAGGAAGUGGUGUACGAUAACGUCGAGGAGAAGUCAGAAUCUGAGCAACGAAGCAAUAACGGAGUUCAGGAACAACCGCUGAAUGUUGUGCAGGGACGUAUCGAGCCUGAAUUAGAGCCGGUGAAGUCCGUUGUUGGCGAACCUAUCAAGCCAGUGAAUCUUUAG